GAAGCCGAUUCUGGAAGCCAUUACGUUGCGCACAUCAAUUGAGUAAAUCCUACUAUUUUUGCGUACUAUACGCACAAGUGCCUCUUCAAAAGAGGAAUUUCUGCAAUUAUGGCAUCGGUCGCGAAAAAGAGAAAAAUGAAUUUUUCGGAGAGAGAGGUGGAAAUUAUUGUGGAAGAAAUAGAGAAACAAAAGCACACACUGGUUAACCACUUCAAUGCUGGAGUCACCCACAUGGCAAAGAAUAACGCGUGGGCAGAUAUCCUGAAAAAGGUGAACGCCGUCACCACCUGUCCCAGAGAGUUGUCCGAGGUGAAAAAGAAGUGGUCUGACAUGAAGACGGAGGUCCGGCGGAAAGUCGCCCAGGCGCGGGCUGCUAUAGAGGCAACCUCCGCUGACUGCACUCCAGUUCCCGUCAUCCUCACUGCGAUGCAGCAGAGGAUCUGUAACCUCCUGGGGGAGGCCACUAUCAUCAGCUUACCUGCAGGAGACUCGGAUGCUGAGAUAACUUUACCUGUUACAGUCAACGCCGCCACCACCGUCACACUGGCAGAGACCCUUCCAGCUGGCUCAGGUACAGUCUGUGAUGAAACGAAGCCACUGAACACUGAAACAACUUACCACACCCUGGAGGAUGGAGGUGUGGUGGAGUAUUGCACCACCACUGUAAGCGACUCCACUCCCACUGUGGUGACAGCCGUUGAGGCUCCAGUGGAGAUGCUGGCCUCAUCCUCAGCUUCCCCGCCUCCGCCACAGGGUCAGGCCAAACCUCAGGAGCUGAAGAGCCGCAUCGCUCUCAACUCAGCCCGUCUGCUGCAGGAGCAGAGAGUCACCAACGUCCACAUUCGACAGAUUGCCCAGCACCUGGAGGGCCAGAACGAGCUGCUGCAGAUGAUGCGACGCUCUCAGGAGGCACAGGCAUUUGCCCAGGAAAGACAGGCCCAGGCCCUGGAAGGUACCCAGGCUGCCCUGCUAGCAUUAGUGCAGAUGCUCAGGCCUGCCCUGAAAGACCUGCGCAAAUUCCUGCAGAGUGGGACAGAGGUCGCAAAUUCCAGCAGCUUGGCAGCAGGAGCAACAGCUGACGGAGCUGGAACAGAGGAGCAGAGCAGGCCUAAAACACCUCCACCGCCUCCACAACAAGCUGAGGAGACACAAUAAAAACUGUGUCUGUGUGUCUGUUUGUGUAUGUGCGUGUGUUUGUGUGUGUGGCACUGCCUCCAAUCUGCAUUGUACAUAGAGGCGUCCAUGCACAUAGACUUAAAUGUACAAAGAAAAGUUGUCAAAAGUUGCCUUGGAUUGAGCGUGUACAGAAUUUAAUAUAUGUUUUAUGAUUCAGAAAAAGGUUAUGUUUUACACAAUACUUUUAGUUUUUACCUUCCGUCAGUAAUUAGCAGCUUUUAAGCUUUUAAUGCAAAGAUGAAGGCAGUUACAAUCCCAGUGUGGGAUAAACAUUUAAUUCUUAGUUCCUUUAAGUCAUCCUGCAGUUUCCCCUGAAUGAAGAGUAAUCUAUUCUUUUUUAAAGACCAGAGUCAGCUGGAGUCUUUAGUUAGUGUGCACUUUGUCUUCAGUACUGAAUAAAAUUUGAGGAAAAUCAUCAGUGCUGUGUUUUCCCUACAGGGUGCAUCACUAUCAAUCAACCACAAGAGGUCAGUGUGUGUAAGCAAGUGUCAUGACUGAUGGAGCAGCAGCAUGUUUCCAAAUUAACUAUAAACUGGGAUGAAAUCUGUAUGUUAUGUGAAAUACAGUAUUUGCUUUUAAAAUUUGAUUAUCACAGUCAUAUACUUUGUGUUUUUUAUUACAGUUUUUCUCAUUUGUUUACACACAAAUACUGGUACUUGAGACACAAUGACCACAACAUGUAACUCAUGCACCAACCCCCUGAACCAAUUCUGCUAAACUACAAGCACAAUUCCUGCUUUACACUCAAAUUGCAGUUCUAAAACACAUUUUUUUCAAAUCACUACACACAGUUCUCUGCAUUUGGCACAAUUUUCAUGAAGAAAAGCUCUUGUUUUCACAAAGAACACACUGUCAUUCAAAAUUCUUCAUUCAAAGUUAAUUGCCCUACUAUGCACACUGACUCAUCACAUGGGCAAACACCUGUCACACAGUUUUACAAUUAGCAAUCAGAGCUUUAGCAUAAAAGGGCAACGGGUGGCUCUGCCUCUGUUUCCAAUGUUGGCAUCCAUUGCUCCAAAACAGAAAAGCUCACCUCUGAUGAGAUCCGAGCCACUUUUUCUGCCUGGAGAUGGAAAGUGUAUGACCGAAAUCCACAAAUACGUAUACCCCUUCUCCAAGCUAUGGAAGACGCAUGUGGAGAUAUAGCAGUUGAUGCUUUUCAUGGCUGGAUUCGCCAUGCUAGGCGAUAUUUCCCCCGCUGCUUGGCCAGGGAAAACAUCGCCUGUGAUGUGGAUGAGGUGCUGUGGCCAGACCGAAACAGAAGAGAGGAUGCAGCAUAGUUUGUUUUUUGUUUUUUUACUGUAACUGUAUACAGUAAAUUCUUCUGUUGUUUUGUAUGUAGACCACUGUAUGUGUAACUUUGUGUUGGUUGGAAUGUACACUGUGUACAUUGUUUUUGUGGGAAAAAUAAAAUAUAUUUGUUACCGUGUA